AUGCACGUCCAGAGCCGGAUGCAUUCCAGGCACUUACGAGCGGGACAGACGUGCGGCGGCGGGAGCGGGAGCCGGGCACAGCGGGAACGCAGGGCCGAGCGGCAGCCCAGCCGGGGAGGGCAGGGCGCCGUCAAGGGCACGGGGAGGGACGCUCGGACCCAGGCCAGUGUGGACCCUGAGCAGAUGGUGCUGAGUUCUCUAAGAAAACAGGCUCAGCAAACCACGAGGAGCAAGCCAAAGGGGAGAACUCCCCAGGCAGACACCACAGUGGCCCUUCCCCUUAGGCCUGCUGGGCCCCCGGACGAGGCAGGGAACCAACCCUUUCACUAUUGGCCCUUCGCCACUAGUGGCCUGUAUAACUGGAAGGCUCAAAAUGUGCCAUUCUCUUGGGACCCCCAAGACUUAACUAACCUUUUGGAGACAGUUUUAUUAACUCACCAGCCCAUAUAGGAUGAUGUAAAUCAACUAUUGGGAGUCCUCUUCACCACGGAGGAGAGAAACUGGAUUCUGGAGAAUGCUCGGAAGCUAGUUCCAGGACCCACGGGUGCCCCCCUAGUGGAUCCUGCCUUGGCAACAGCUGCUUUUCCAUCCACUCGCCCUAACUGGGACUAUAAUAUGGCAGAAGGUAAGGAGAGUCUCCGUGUUUACCGCCAGGCUCUGUUGGCAGGUCUCAAGGCUGCUGCACGCAAGCCUACUAAUAUGGCAAAAAUUUAUGAUGUAAGGCAGGGGGAUGGAGAAAGUCCAGCUGCAUAUUUAGAGAGGUUGAUGGGGACUUUCAAGCAGUACUCCCCAUACAACCCAGAGUCUGAGGAAGCCCAACCAGCAGUUAUUCUAGCCUAUGUGAACCAGGCAGCACCAGAUAUUAGGAAAAAGCUACAGUCGCUAGAAAGACUAGGGGAGAGGAAUCUGAGGGACUUAGUGGCAGUGGCGGAAAAGGUUUAUAACAAAAGAGAGACAGAGGAACAAAAGGAAGAGAGAAGGGAAAGAGAACGUCGUCGAGAGAGAGAGGACAGGAGAGAGAGGAGGCAAGAGAAGAGCCUGACCAAGAUACUGCAACAGCAACAGACACAGAUGGAGAGAGUGCUCCUGGCUGCAGAAGCAGGAAGCUAUGAGAAGGGGAAAAGGUCCCAGCCUAAGCUAGGAAAGAACCAGUGUGCAUACUGCAAGGAAGAAGGACACUGGGCUAGGGAAUGCCCUAAAAAUAGGAGCAAGAGAAAAAUGUCAGUGGGACUAGGAAGGAAGCCAACUUCCAUCCUUGCCGCCCUGGAUGAAGACAGCGACUAGGGAGGAUGGGGCUCGGCCCCCCUUCCCGAGCUUAGGGUAACUCUAAGAGUGGAGGGGAAACCUGUCCACUUCAUGGUGGACACGGGUGCGGAAAGUUCAGUCCUCUUGACACCCGGGGAACCCCUGUCAAGAAAACAAGCCUGGGUACAGGGAGCAACGGGCAGUAAACCUUACCAAUGGACUACCCGAAGAACAGUGGACUUGGGAGUGGGACGGGUAACCCACUCAUUCCUCGUCAUUCCUGAAUGCCCAUACCCUCUUCUGGGGCGCGAUCUGCUGCCUAAAAUGAAGGCACAGAUCCAUUUCACUGAUAAGGGUGCUCAAGACAAACACCCUGAUGGGAGGGCUAUUGGAGUGUUUUUGACAAUGCCUUUGGAGGAAGAAUACCACCUCCAUGAACAAGAGUGGUCCUCCAUCAAAUGUGCAGACAUGCAGAUCUGGCUCCAACAAUUCCCCACUGCGUGGGCUGAGACAGGGGGAAUGGGGUUGGCCAAACAUAGACCCCUAGUCUAUGUGGAACUUAAGACCAAUGCAGACCCAGUGAAGGUCCGCCAGUACCCCAUGACCCUGGAAGCCAAAAAGGGAAUCACCCCCCAUGUGAGACGACUCCUACAAGAGGGAGUCUUGCGGCCCAUUCAGUCUGCAUGGAACACACCGCUCCUACCGGUUAAAAAGCCACAGACGAAUGACUACCGCCCUGUCCAAGACCUUCGAGAAGUUAACAAAAGGGUAAUGGACAUUCACCCCACUGUGCCCAAUCCCUAGCUCCUUCCAGAUAAAGAAUGGUAUACUGUCCUAGAUUUAAAAGAUAAAGACAUUUGGCCUCAACUGCGGGCCCUGUACUCAUCCUCCUCUCCCCCUGAGACUCACAGUUUCGAGCCUGGAGACUGGGUCCUGAUCCAGAGGCAUCAACACAAGUCCCUGGAGCCAUGGUGGAAAGGACCCUACCUCGUCAUCUUGACCACCCCAACGGCUCUCAAGGUGGACGGCAUCUCCACUUGGAUCCACCACACCCACGCCCGACCUGUGGUGCCUGCAGCUGAGGAACAUCCAGCCGGAACCUGGAGAGUGUCCAAGCAUCCUACUGAUCCCUUGAAGUUAAAGCUACUACAGUAUAUGAGACAAAGACUAGGCACCAUACAACUCAUGGUGCAAUGGGGUUAUACUCAAGUCAGGACCACUGAGUACGAGUCAUAUGCAGACCCCGAAGUGAGGUCAUGGGAAUCUCAUGAACUAGAACAAGUUAGGGGCCCAUGA